AUGGGCACAUCAUAUGAUGACAGUCGGUCUAGAGGUAGAUACCAGAGCUUAUUUCUCUGCUAUGACUAUUUGAUUGCAAUUCCUACCGGUACUAAGAUUUUCAACUGCGUAUAUUUGAAAAACCAACAUUUGUAUACAAGCCUGUACGAAUAUCAUGACAUUCACUUUGGUAGUCGCCUUCUUAAUGUUAGUCUGUACGGAAUACACGGAUCGGAUUCUUGUUGGCCUGGCACCUGUUUAGUAACUGGAUGA